UGUGUCCCUCUGUAUGUGUGUGUCCCUGUGUGUCUGUGUGUCUGACUGUCUGUCUGUCUGUGUGUGUCCCUCUAUGUGUGUGUCCCUCUAUGUGUGUGUCUGUCUGUGUGUGUGUCCCUCUGUGUGUGUGUCCGUGUUUCUGACUGUCUGUGUGUGAGUGUCUGUCUGUCUGUGUGUCUGUCUGUGUGUAUGUCCGUGUGUCUGACUGUCUGUGUGUGUGUGUCUGACUGACUGUCUGUCUGUCGGUGUGUGUCUGUGUGUGUGUCUGUCUGUCUGUCUGUCUGUGUGUGUGUGUGUGUGUGACUGUCUAUGUGUCUGUCUGUCUGUCUGUGUGUGUGUAUCAGUGUUCAAUACUCACAUAACCGCAUCCCUACAUUUAUGUCAGUUGACCCCCUCUGUGCUGUGUGACUGCCCCAACGGCUCUGUGUGUGUGAGAGAUUUGUCAUUCAGCUGUUUUGUGUGUAUUGUGAACUGAGCUAAAAGGGGCCCUGAUAUAAUGACCCACUCUGACCAUGUGCUUUAGUCAUUGUCCAAACCACACACACACACAAACACACCAUCAUGGAGGUGCUUUGGAUCGCCGUGGCAGCGUGUCUGCUCGUCUCCCUUCCUGGCAGAGGUACAGUAAGUGCUAGAAGCAGCCAGAGCAGGGAAAGUGUGCAAGAUGCACCAUCAGGCCAGACCUCCUGAGGAAGUUUGUGUGUGUGUGUGUGUGUGUGUGUGUGUUUACUACUAAUAGUAUCGGGGUCAAAGGUCACAGGUUCUGAUUGAUGGUUAUGGUGAAAGGUGACAGGCUUUUUAUUGAUUUUCAUGAAGGUGAUGAAUGGAGGAGGGAAUAUGACGAAGGACUUCACUAUUACAGUGAGGAAGAUCUGAUGAAGAAACAUCCUGAGAAGAGCAGACCUGUGAGUUUUAAACAUCCUCCGUUCUUCUGUCCUGACAUGAUGCCUUCAGCCUCCACACCUGCGUCAGUUGAAGUGGUGAAAGCAGCAGAUAUUAAGGUGAUCGCAGCUCUUGGAGAUUCUCUGACGACGGCUAUUGGGGCGAACUCCACCACGGUGUUGGGAAUCCCCAUCGAAUACCGUCACGUCUCAUGGAGCAUCGGAGGAUAUGGAACCUUCCAGAAUGUUAUCACACUCGCAAACAUCCUCAGACUCUUUAACCCAGAUCUAGUGGGUCCAGCUCAGAGCAGAACCGUCCAUGGAACCCGAGCUCCUCUGACUGAUACGGGUUUCAAUCUGGCCGUGACGGGACACAACACCUUUAAUCUUCCUGGACAAACUCGCCAUUUGAUCGACACCAUGAAGAUGUUUGAGGACAUUAACUUUGAUGAAGACUGGAAACUGCUGACGAUUCUCAUCGGCAUGAACGAUAUCUGUGACUACUGCAAGGACAAGUCUCUGUUUUCAGUGGAGAACUUCAUCCACUACAUGUCCACAUCCAUGGAGAUGCUGAUGAACGAGGUUCCUCGAAUGAUCGUGAAUGUGGUUCAGAUUUUACCCAUGGAGGCUCUGAGGGAGGUGCAGAAGCCCACACCAGGGUGUCUACUGCAGAGGUCCUUCUGCUCAUGUCUGGUGAAGCCAACCUCAGACUCUGAAGAUCUCAAAGAGCUGAUUGAAGUCAACCUUCAGUACCAGAAAGCCCUGGAGCAGCUUCUCCAUACAGAUCGGUUCUUUAAACGUGACUUCGCUGUGGUACUUCAGCCGUUUCUGAAGCACGCAGACCCACCACGACUUCCUAACGGGAAGGUUGACAUGAGCUUCUUCACACCGGACUGUUUCCACUUCACCAUAAAGGGACAUGAAGAGUUGGCCAAAGGUCUGUGGAACAACAUGUUCCAGCCUGAAGGAGAGAAGUUUAUGGUGGAGAGUUUUUCAAACCCGAUUCAGCUCAUGUGUCCUCCUGUGGACCAUCCGUACAUCUACACGAGGCCAAGUGCUGCGAGGAGUGACACCGGUGCACCAGCAGGAGCUUGGCUCAUUGCGCUGCUCUUCCACUCCACACUCAUGUUUUUCCUUGUCUUCUGGUAGACCUGGACUCUGACUCUCACCUGCACUCAGAGCAGCCUUACUUACCUCCACUUACUGUAACUGUACAUGUGUCUGAUAAAAUGUUAGAUUAGAUUCUAAGACUGGUAGAUCUGAUUUGUUUGGUAAGUAGAAAAGCAAUGUGGGAAUCAUUUUAAAAUCAGAUGGAGAUUCGAGUAUGGAGACGGACAGAGUGUUCUACAGUCUCAAGGCUGUGAGGAAUAUAUACAUCAUCUGUGAUGAUCUGAGAGGAUUUGAGGAGAGCAGAAGAUCAGAAAGAGAACACUCGGGUAUACAGGAAGGAGUCUAGAGAAGUGGGCAGAGCCAAAAACUUUCAUCACGUUCGUCUGUUUUUCUUUUUCUUUGGCUAACGAUGUCCACUGUUACCCACAAUGCCGUUUGACACCCUUCUUAUAGUGAUGCAGUGGGAUGUAGCUCUGUACCUAGAGAGAGAUGCGCCAUCGCUUUAGUGCUUUCGUGCUAAUUUCACCUUCAGCACCAUCUCGUACGUCA